AUGUUAUUAUUCACUGUAUUUUACCUUGCAGUAGGGUUGAGAUCAUAUUAUUCUUGGCAAUUUUUGUCGGACAACAGGAAAACUCAUUGGGAGCUGAGAAACGACCCCAAUUAUGGUCCCUAUUACGGUCAGCCAGAGCAGAUUCAUCUGUCUUAUGGAGGUAGGCACGAAAAAUUUUUUUAGUCAUGGCCAAGAUUGAAUAUACGGCUAAAAUUAUUUAAAUAAAUGCAGAUUUUUUUUUGAAAUCUUCAAAAAAAUUAAUUGUAAAAUUUGUUGAACAGCGUCUACAGAAAAAUUCCCAGCUUUAUUAAAAAAAAUUACAGGAAAAAAGCGGGCUUUUCUCUGACCGUCUCUCCUCAUUUUACGUACUCUCUCGUACAAAUUUUCAAAAAAAAGCAAAGAGAUUCCUAAAAUUCCAAAGCUUUUUUUCCUCAAUUUUCAUCCUGACUGGUCUUUUCAGGCUCCCCAGACAAAAUAUUUGUGACCUGGCUGACCUUCGAUGACACUAAACAAUCCUUUGUCACCUACGGAGAAGAUCUUCAGUUCGAGAAAAUCGUGAAGGCCAAUAUCACCCGAUUCGUCGAUGGGGGAACUGGGAAAUCGGUUCGUUACAUUCAUCGUGCUACAAUUGCGACAAUUGUUCCGGGAAAGAGAUACUGUAAGCAACCAAAAAAUUUAUUUGGACGAUUAUAUUAGGGUGAACCAAAAGAAAUUUCCGAUUUUUAUUAAAAAUUUAAACAUAAUUUUACAACAAAUGAAAACCAGUCAAGUUUCAAAGUAAAGCCAUUUGAAUCUAUGGCUUGAACCCAUCUAUCGGCAAGUUGUGCAAGUUUAAUAUAUGUGUCAUAUUUUCCUUUCAGUUUAUCGGGUUGGCUCCGACUUUGGAUGGAGUGGAAUCUACACGUUUGUUGGGUUGACAGAACGAAGCGAUGGGGGAUAUCGCUUCGCUUUGUAUGGAGAUAUGGGCAAUAUAAAUGCACGAUCGUUGGGGAAAAUUCAGAGGCUGACACAAAGCGGGGACUUUGAUAUGAUCAUCCAUAAUGGUAAUGACAAGAUAGAAAAUUUAUUGGAGAAAAUGAAAAACAAACAAAAUUAGGUCUUUCUAGGGAAUAUUCGAGGUUUUUGUAAGUUUUACGUUUAAAAAAAGUAUAAAAAGUAUGGCCAGAGGGGACUACUAAAAUUUUUGAACCAUAGGUGUUUAAAAUGAGGUCGGAUUGAAAAAUUGUGGGGAAAUUUGAAAGAAAUAUGUAAUCUGUAGCCAACAGAAAUAUUUCUGAAAGUUUUUGCCCGCGUUUUGCAGGCGCAGCGGAGUGCGCUGACGUAUAUAAAAAACACCUUUUUUUGGGCGUAUCUUUGCCAGUACAUGGAAAAAAAUAAUUUUUUUAUAGCAACAUUAAUUUCUACGGUAGCAGUUAUGAAACUUUUGAUGCCAAAAUUCGCAAAAGUGCCGUAUUUUUGUCAACUUUCAAUCUAAAAAACUGUCCAAAAUUUGGCCCAAAUUUUUUCAAAAUCUCAUCUCAUUUUGCGCACUUCCCUCAUCAGUCAAAAAAAAAUUCGGUGACAAAAAAUUUUUUCAGGAGAUUUCGCUUACGACAUGGAACGAGAUGAAGGCACUUUUGGCGAUGAAUUCAUGCGACAGAUCGAGCCAGCCGCUUCCUAUGUUCCGUACAUGACAAGUGUUGGGAAUCACGAAAACGCUUAUAAUUUCUCGCACUACGUCCAACGAUUCACCAUGCCCAACACCGAGCACAAUUUGUUCUACAGUUUCGACAUUGGAGACACGCAUUUCGUCGCAAUCUCCACCGAAUUCUACUUUUACGGUCAGAAAUAUGGGAAUGAAUCGAUUGAAACGCAAUAUAAUUGGCUGGUGGAGGAUUUGAAGGUAUGUAGGAUCCUUUAAUUAAAAAAGCAGUGGUGAAAAUUUGAGCCAUAAGUUUUGAUGAAAUUUGCAAGGGAAGUACCCCAAGUGCAACGCUCCGAUUUUCUUUAAAUUUUGAACACACGUCCGGCAUGAACUCAGUAUCAAUUCCUGAAAGUUUUCGCUCGCGCUUUGAAAACACCACCAAGAUAUUGAACGAUCUUUGCCGCCGAGAGAGUACACUAAACGUUGAGAGCGGACAGAGAGAAAAACACUUUUUGGUCAUAACUUUGCUAGUUUCGUGCGGAAAAAAAUUGAUUUUUUGUGGAAACAUUACCCGCUAUGGUAGAAAUAGGCAUGAAACUUUUGGUGCCAAAAUUCGGGAAAAAGUGUAAAAUUUUCGCCCACUUUCGAUCUAAAAAUCUCGGUUGUUUCUGCAAAGCGCGAACUUGGAUUCUCGCAUUUAGUUUAGAAAAAAUCAUUCUAAAUUUGUGCCAGGCUUGAUCAAAAUCUGAGCGUCGCACUUGGGUACUUCCGUUGUUAACAAAUUUUUUUUUUUUUAAUUUUUGAAAAAGAUUUUUUGCUCCAUUUUUGUAAAUGGAGCAUUUUCCUUACACAAAAAUUUUCCAGAAAGCCCAAAAGAACCGCAAACAUGUCCCAUGGAUCAUUGUUUUUGGCCACCGAUCCAUGUAUUGCACCGACAUUCAAGCGGCGGAAUGCAAAUGGGCAAAAGAGUAGGUCAACUUCAAACUUUUGUUACUGUAACUUUCUAGUAUUUUGAGGGACGGAGUUGACAGUGCUGGAACUUAUGGCUUAGAAAAGGUCUUCUUUGACUACGGAGUGGACAUUUACUUCGGUGCGCAUGAACAUAAUUACGAACGGUUGUAUCCGAUCUAUCAGCACAAGGUGAGGAUGACUAGGAAGUACCCAAGUGCGACGCUCAGAUUUUGAUGAAACUUGGCACAGAUUUAGAAUAAUUUUUUCUAAGAUAUAUACGAGAAUCCGAGCUCGCGGUAUGCGGAAACAACCGAGAUUUUUAGAUCGAAAGUUGGCGGUAAUUUGAUACUUUUUGCUGAAUUUCCGUACGAAAAGUUGCUUGCCUAUUUCUACCAUAGAGGGUAAUGUUUCCACAAAAAAUCAUUUUUUUCCGCACGAAACUGGCACAGUUAUGGCCAAGAAAUGUUUUUUUUUUCUCUGACCGCUCUCCGCGUUUAGUGUACUCUCUCGGCGGCAAAGAUCGUUCAAUAUCUCGGCUGCGCUUGCAAAGCGCGAGCUAAAACUUUCAGGAAUUGAUACUUAGUUCAUGCCCGACGUGUGUGCAAAAUUUAAAGAAAAUCUGAGCGUCGCACUUGCGGUGCUUCCCCUGUAAAUUAAUGCGAAAUUUUUUGCUGAAAAAAAGUUUUCUUGUUCUUCCAAAACUUUAAUUUUAAAAUUUGCAGGUUCGUAAUGGAACUGAGAGCCCAUUCACCAAUCCUCGAGCUCCUAUUCAUGUUGUAACUGGAUCGGCGGGCUGCGAAGAGAAGACCAAUACUUUCCCCAAGGAUCCGGCGCCUUUCAGUGCGGCGAGAUCGACGGAUUACGGGUUCAGCCGGUUCCAAGUCUACAAUUCCACUCAUCUGUAUUUGGAACAGAUUUCAGCCUCCUCGGUAAGUUCAAUCAAAAAAAAAAAUAAAUAAAAAAAUCGCAUAAUUAUAGGACAAAAUCGCCGAUUCAAUUUGGAUAAUCAAAGAUUCGCAUGGACCAUUUGGAAAACAGCAUAAAAAUUUUUAUUACGAUGUAAAUAGAGGAUUGUAA